AUGUGCACUGCACGGCCGUCCUCCGUGCUCGCUCCCUACCAACACAGCCACCUUGUCCCGGCUCCAUUCUCGGCCCAGUCCACCUCUCUCGUGCGCCCUUGCGCUCUUGCCGUCACCCUCGCGCUCUCGCUCUCGCGCUGGUGCUUGCCCUCACGCCUGUGCCUACGCGCGGCACGGAGCACCGACGCGUACUUAGUACCGCCCGAAGAGGAGUCUCUUGUAGAGAACCUCCGGAUUUUUGACAAGUACUCGGUCUCGCCACCUACCACAUAUCUCGGCGCGGAGUUCAAGGAGGAGUUUAAUAAGCCCAAUGUCACGUAUCGUCAGGUGAACUUGACCGUAGCUUCCCUGGCUGCCAUUCACGACUCCGGGAGCACCGUGCACGAACCCAGUGCGCAUGAACGCGCCAAGUACGCAACGUCGCAAAAGAUAAGCACAAGCCCGCCGCAAGCGAGCCCUGACCGGCCGUCUAUCAGUCGCGCUCGCACUUGGUGA